GACGCAUCAAGCUGGCAGUGAAGAGUUCUCCCAGACAGCUGCCAAUUGCACGCUUGCUUUGAGACCCGACGCAAUCCGCGCGUUCGUCUCCAUCCUGAACUUCAUCCUCCGUAUGCGGCAAUAUCACACUUGGAGCUAUCAGUAUGACCAGAUCAACAAAACUGCCCACCGGAUGUAUGCUCUCUUCGCGAUCUGCAAUGCGCUUUCGCCGAUGACAACAUUUCUAACAUCGUCAAGGAGCGGUACGGCGAGCAGUUUUCGAAUAUGUCUCGGGGCGAGGAAGGCAUUCCGGCCUUCGAGGAGCUGUUCCUCUACGCAUGCCCCAAGUUCAUCUCAGCGAACCCACCACCAUACGAGGACCCCGAACUGCUCGCGGCCUACGUCGAGGAUCCCCCAGUAGAGCCCGCGCUCUUCCUUUCCUUGAAACUCGCCAACUUCCUCGACGCGGACGAGGAGGAGAUGGUUCAGCAGAUGAUGGUUAUGAAGCAGGCGAGUCGGAGCGCUGAUGCCAUCCUCCACCACCAUGCGUCGGCUUCGAUGCACCUCCCUGCAACAUACGUGCACAAUGAGCUCGAACAUCUGCUCCUCAAGCAGUCGAUGCCAACACCAGACUGUGGGGAGCCAGCCCGACCGAACCGAGGAGAAGACGACUGGGCAGAGGCUGGCGCGGGCACGACGGACACAGGAUCCGGUGCACGUCUAGCCUCAGGAGGGUGCCAUCUGACCGCGCUGGUCUGCCGCUCCCCACGCGUAUCUCCGUGCACGAAGCACAUGGCUGCAGCUGGCGCGACCGCUGAGAACGAGGUCGCGGGAACGUUUCAAGCGGUUCUCACUCGAGAACCUGCACGUCGCGAAGAGCACUCGAGGUAUCUGCACCUCGAGGCCGUUCUUCUCACGCUCCCGUCGCAUCGCUUCUGAUCAGGUGAGCGACCGUCAAUGCGGAGAGGAGUGGUUGCGUUCACGUAUGAGGACGUGGGUGAUCUACUCCUAUCCUCGAUUUAUUACACUAUUCUAAUGUAGAUUGUUACAUGGCUGAAUACAAACAUGACUAUAUUUAACAUGAUUCAUCAAACAUCGAGCGCGAUAAGGGCCAUGGACAGGGACUCACGGUAAUGUACAAUGUCAAAACGUGUCUUAAGAUCGCGAAGAGAACAUGCGUGAAUGACAAAUGGGAGGCAGGCAGCCUUUGCUGGCCGUCCCC